GUAAAUCAGUGAGGGCAGUCGCAUUUUAACUCGAGAAUCGUGUAAAGUUGAUAGUUUCAAAUUUAUAUAAAUGCGGUAUAAUAUUUACCGCUAUGUUUUUCAAUAAUAAUAGAAUUAAUCAUAUUAUUAAAAAACUUUGACAAGUAUCACUAUAAUUACAUUAAUUUUUCACAAUGUAACUUAACGGAUAAAUAAAAAAUAGGAAGUGUAUUAACUAGAAAAUUAAAUAAAAAUUCAUGUGACAUUAAAUUUGACUACAUUAAGUUUUAUUAUAUAAUAUACUAUAUUAUAAAAACUGGAAGUGUAUUAACUAUUUCUAAAUUAAUGUAAAGAAUCAAUAGAUUUCUUGUAUUUGAUAUUAUAUGUAAAAAAAAUGAUCUCAAAAGUGGACAAUGCAUAAGGAGUUACAAAUAUAAUAUAGAUGACAUCAUAAAAAUAUUCAAGUGUUAACAUGUUACUAUUAAAGUAUUGAUAACAAAAAAUGUUUGUUUUUAAAAAGAAGUUGUAUAACUCUAGUUAUUCUUUGAAACCAUCUAUUAGUAAACACUUGUGCAAAUUACUAUUAGUUGAUAAUUAUGAUUAAUUGAGGUAUAUUGACCUCAAUAAUUUCGAAUAUGCUUGGUUUUUUAAUGUUGAAUGAUUUAUAAUAAAACAAAAAAUAUUUAUGAGAACGAUUAAUAUGUUUUAAAGAAUAUAAAAGGAAUUGAUAUUUUAUUGUUAUAACUCUACGAGUUUUUUUUACAUCUUUAUAUUAAAAAAGAAAUAUUGAAAUAUGAAAAUAAGAAAUUGAAUAGAAUUAUAAGAUCCAUAAAAUACUCUCUGUUUAGGAAAUAGUUACUGCAGUAAUUGAAAGACAAUACAAACAUAAUAUAUUAACAAAUAUUCACUGCCUUCUAAUGCUCGUCCAUCAAUAAUACAUAUAUAUACAUGAGUAUGUAGAAAUAUAUGCAUAUAAGAUAUGAAGAAUUUAUUAUGUAUACACGGAAUAUUUUCAAAUAAUGCAAUGGUGAUUUUAUUGAAUAGAAGAAAAGUUACGUCUAUAAAUGAUUUAAGUCAUGUAAGAUGAUAAAUUAAGACAUGUUCAUCAGAAAUAGCGUUAUUUAUAUAAUGUUACAUGUUAAAAACAUUUAAUCGAUUUAAAUUAAAUUUGCUAAACAAUAUAAAAAUUGUAUCCAGUCUGCCAGUAAGAAUGCACGGGAGUAGUUCUGAACUUCUAUUGGAUGCUAGUUGUAGUCAGUGCCAAAAUAAUUUAGAUAAUUGCAAUUUAAAGGACCAAGAACAACGACGUCAUAAAUUAUUAGAAUUUGGAUUUAAUACAUCUCGUCGACGUCCUCCACGACGUACAUUUCGUCAACGUUUUAAUUUUUAUGCCACAUCUGCAUUAGCCUUGGUUGCUACAUCAGGUGGUGCUGCUCUACUCUUCUUGGUGCCAUUAUAUGUUGAUCCAGCAAUAAGUACAUUAGCCGCCGAUUUUUCCCCUGAACCAGUCACAUGUACUACUUUACGAAGAGAAGAUCUUGCUGGUUUGUUCAAUUGUACCUGGAGUUCUUGUAGAGAAGGUUGCACCAGUGAUGUAUACAAGUGUACUCAUAUAUACGUAACUUAUGAUCCGUGGUCAAAUUCAAGUGUUACAAAUGAAACCAUCACAAAUGACACUUCUUUACUUUCAACUCUAUCCACUAGCUCAAUGAUGACAAAUACUUUUGGAAUAGAAGCUGUCCUAAUGGUAAACAUCAAAGGUUGUGGAUAUCCGCCAUCAGUUGAUUGUGAAAAUUUCACUCGAGAACUGGGUUAUGAGGGUAUAAAAUUUCCUUGUUAUUAUAGUCGAGUUAACUUAAGUAUAGUAAUGGCAGAUUACAGUCGUGAAACACAAGUUGCUACAAUUAUGCAUUUCUUCGCUGCACCUUUUGUUGUGACAUUGGCAACUAGUGUGGCCCUCUGUGUUAUGCAUUGUGACUGCAGAUGCUCUGUACCUUCUCCAAGACAGCCUCCAAGAGAUAUCAGAAAACAUAAACUUAAUGAUUUGAGUGAGCACUCGAUAAGUAAUCAGGUGGAUCGUAAAGAGCUACACUCAGCUCUUUGUGAGUGUGGAGAAUUUUCCAAACCCUUGUGACGUCGGGAAGAAAUAAUUGAAAUUACUGCAGUUACUUUGCAAUCCGAUCUUUAGAGACAUACCAAUCUACUUGCUUUAUGCUCACUUCUUUUAGAUUAUGUUUACUUUUAUAGAAUUCUUAUAAUGCCUUGCGCUAUACAAUCUUAAGGGAUUGAAUUUGUACUAAAAUUUUUAAAUAUUUUUACUUUGUGAACGAAAUUCUUUAUUAUGUACAUUAAAAAAUGUAAUGUAUUUACUGUGAAUUAAAAACAUUUUAUUUCUUAUAGAUAAAUGAUUUUA